CAGUCAGUCAGGAGCUGCACGAGGGAAUGCGAGAUGUGAUGACGUUUAAUAUUCCUAUAUAAUCUUUAUGAUUAAUAUUUUUUAUUAACGAUGCUUUUUGCUGCGCUCUGAACUUUCUAUGAACGUUGUACUUGGAGACAUGGAGGCUGUGAGUACGUGGAGUCCCCAACAAGUAGUGGACUGGAUGAAAGGUCUGGACGACAGCCUGCAGCAGUACCUGCCGUCCUUCAGGUGGCAGCAGAUUGACGGCGAGAAGCUGCUCAAGAUGUCUCACCAGGAGCUGCUGACGGUGGGCGUGGCCAAGGUUGGACACCAGGAGCUGAUGCUGGAGGCAGUGGAUCUGCUGUGUGCCCUGAACUACGGCGUGGAGUCGGACAACCUGAAGACUCUGGUGGGCAAGAUGAGGCUGGCCUAUCACAACCUGAGCAGUGCCGUGUCGCAGCGCCGCAAGAACCCCACCUACCAAAGUAAGAGCGCCCAUCAGCCCUCCAACGACUUCCUGAGCGCCGUGGUGGAGCUCAUCGCUGCCGCCAAGAGUCUGCUGGCGUGGCUGGACAGAACUCCCCUGACCAGCAUCAGUGACUUCACCUCCACUAAGGGCAGAAUCAUUCAGCUCUGUCUGGAGCUCACCUCCACCGUCCAGAAGGAUUGCACAGUUUAUCAGAUGGAGGAGAAGAUUCUGGAAGUGUCGCGGGCUCUUAGUGGUCUCUGUGAGAAGACGGCUCAAGUGACUUCUGACCCCUCCAUGAGCGAGCUGGCAUGUAUGGAGGAGGUCCACAUCUCCAACAUCAAGCCUGGGGAGGGACUGGGCAUUUACAUCAAGUCCACCUACGACGGCCUUCACGUCAUCACAGGCACCACAGAGAAUUCUCCUGCAGAUAAAACCAAGAGGAUUCACGCGGGGGACGAAGUGGUCCAAGUCAAUCAGCAGACAGUGGUGGGCUGGCAGCUGAAGCACCUGGUGGCCUUGUUGAAGACGGAGUCAGGCAGCUUGGUUCUGGUGCUGAAGAAGAGGCCAUCCGGAAUCGCUGGUGGCUUUGCUCCCGCUCCUCUCAAGAACCUGCGCUGGAGACCCCCCCUUGUUCAUGCAGCAGCAGGUGUCUCCAGAUAUCCAGAAACUUCUGACUCCUCUUCAAACGGCGGCCAGACGGCCAUCUUGGAUCUGUACACCCCCACUCACCCUGCCGCCCCGUACUUAGCGCUAGAGGCGAGUCAGGGCGUGAAGACGAGGCGCAGGUCUCCUAACUCGUGUCUGGAUGCAGACUUGCCUGUUGCUAGUGGCGACAAGGGGGCAUCCUCCGGCCCUGCAGAAGGGAACCAGCCAAUUACGGUCCGCCUCCGAGAGCGCACGUGUACACGUGGGCGGGGGCGUGCAGGUAAACCUCGACCUGUGUCCAUGCCGGUGGAGGUGCUCUCAGGGGUAUCGGACUUGUCCGGCCGGCGUGGUGCUGCAGGAAGGAAAGGACCCAAACAUGUCCACAGGUAUCUCAGCAACGAGGGCAUCAGCGGCAUCAGCGAGGAGGACGAGCAGUGCUUUCCGCUGCCGUACCGAGGACACCCGGCGGUCCGCGGCGUGGACCACAUCAGAGGCAGCCGGUGCUUCAUCAGCGCUGACCUGCACAACAGCGCCACCAUCCAUUACCAAGAAGUGCCGCCCAGUAAGAGCGCCUCUGCCAGCGCCUCACCCAACGCCGUCACGUCACCUCCCGCUAGCAAGCAGUCGACAUCGCUGCUCGGAGGCUGGCUGGCUCGCCUCAGGCUGCUCAGCCACUGACUGACUCUUAAAUGCCAGGCUUUGAUUGACAGGUCCAAUCAGUUCUCAUGAAGCUGUAAGGACCAUCAGAACCAAAAGUAACUUCUAGUGCAAAGACAUCCUCUCAUUUUUUAUCACUGAAGUGCUUUAAAGACAUUUGUACAAAUAAACUACAAAGUUUUUAUUACACAAAUUGUCAAAACACGAAAUGUGUAUUUUGAUAAGAACCCAAAAGAUGUUUUUGCCACAUUUGUACAGACAUGUUUAAAUUUAUGUGCACAAAUGAACAAGUGAAGACCAUAAGAUGUUCAAAUAGUUGCUUGUGAUUUUGCGUCUGUGAAUUCUGUCAAUCAUGCAGGUCAAUGUAUUCUCAGGGCAUUGAAUGGAUUCCAGUUGGACUGUUGAGGUUGUCUUAGAAGACGUUUCUCCUCUCAUCCGAGCAGGCUUCAUCACUUCAUGCUCCAAGACUAAUAGGACAGCUCUAGUCUGAGUGGUGCAGGAUCCGAAGUAUUUAUCCUCUCAGGUAGUGAGAGGCACGCCCCGGAACCAAAAACGGUUGGUGGUGCAAAAUGACAGUCAUUAAGAUAAAGCGGAAUGAGGCCUCUGCCUGCCAAUGACAUUCAUUUGGGUGGAAUCACCUUGUUAGCAUUGGAUUCUGAUGCAGCAACGGUGCUACUUUUACUUCUCAUCCACCUGACUCUUGUUCCUUCUGGAACUCGAUGCUCUUUUCUUAUGACCAGCAGGGGUCAUCACAGGUUUUGAAGGCCACCUUCACGUGCCUUUGCUAUUUUUUUUUUAAAGUUUUGUUUUGACCUAAAACCUGUGAUAACUGCAAACUUAAUAAAGUUCUUAAAGUUGUCGCUA